CUUAACAACUCUACACAUUUUAUCUUCAAACAGUCUAAAACACACCCCUUAUUCACUCCUCACUCCAUAGUAGAGAAAACCUCUCCAUUGCUACCAGUCAAACCAAUUUUGCCAAUAAAGAAAGGAAUGGCGACAACUCAGCUGACCGCGUCAUCCAUUUCUGCCAAGGGUUUUGCAUCCUUUGAGGGGCUUAGGUCCACAAGUAAUUUAAAGGUUUCGUCUUUCGCUCCUUUAAAGCAGAAUAGCAGGUUGUUUCAUGGACUUGUCGUUAAGGCUUCAACAGUCGUAUCCCCCAAGUACACUUCACUCAAACCAUUGGGUGAUAGAGUUCUGGUGAAGAUUAAGACUGCAGAGGAGAAGAGUGUAGGCGGCAUCCUGCUUCCAAUGUCAGCACAGUCGAAGCCACAAGGAGGCGAGGUUGUUGCUGUUGGGGAGGGUCAUUCAAUUGGCAAGACUACAGUGGAAAUUAGUAUAAAGAAUGGUACCCAAGUGCUGUACUCGAAAUAUGCGGGAACUGAACUGGAGUUUGAUGGAUCAAAGCACCUGAUUUUGAAAGAGGAUGACAUUGUUGGUAUUCUUGAGACAGAUGAUAUCAAGGAUCUGCAGCCCUUGAAUGACAGAGUUCUAAUCAAGGUGGCUGAAGUUGAGGAAAAAACUACUGGGGGAUUGUUUUUGAGCCAGGCUGCAAAGGAGAAACCUUCAUUUGGCACGGUGAUAGCUGUUGGACCUGGUCCUCUCGACGAGGAAGGGAAAAGGAAAGCACUUUCAGUAUCUCCUGGAAAUACAGUUCUGUAUUCCAAAUAUGCUGGCAAUGACUUCAAAGGAGCUGAUGGUUCAGAGUACAUCACAUUGAGGGCAUCUGAUGUAAUUGCUGUGCUUCAGUAGAUGUUUUGUUAUUUAUAUAACAAGUCAGUUCAUUCUCAUACCAGUAUUUUGCAGUGUAGUAUAUCAAAGAGGAGAAUGUUGUAACCAUUUUGGAAUAAUACUUUUGCAAAUUAAUGAUCAA